GCUGUUGCUUGGCAACAUGACGCGUCGAGGUGGAUGAUUUGGGUCACUGGGGUCACUGCCCCACGCCAGGGAGGCUCUGCACGCACUGAGUUGUCAACAUGCCACCAAAGAAGCCUGUAGCUGCCCCUAAGGCACCCAGAGUGGCGGCCAGAGGUGCUGUUGGAGCUAAAAAGACUAAUGUUGCAGCUAAGCCAGGCCCUAAGGGAGCACCUGUGGCAAAGAAAGGAGCACCUCCAUCUCAGAAAGGGAAAGCAACUACUCCUUCAAAGAGUGGAACUCCAGACAAAAACAAGAAGAAGGUGUGGACCAAGGAGGAUGGAGCAGCUUGUAAGAUCCAGACAUUGUAUCGAGGUUACAUGGCUAAAAAGUUACUACAGCAGAAGAAAAAGGAGAAGGAAGACUACUUGGAGUUGAUGGAGAAAUUGGAAAGGGAGGCUUUUGUCAAACUGGUGAAGAUGGAACAGGCCAAAGCUGAGGAGGAGAGGCUGCGGAUGGAGGAAGAGAGACGGAGACUGAGAGAAGAAGCAAAGAGGAGAAAGAGACUGCUGGAGGCAGCCUUUGACGGAGACAAUGAUGAGAUUAUUACCAUUUUAAAAGAGGUUGAAGAGCUGGAUAACAAAAAUAAUGUGCCAAAUGAUAUGAUGGGAAGAGCUCUCCGUGCCAAGCAUAUCCUGAACAUGGUGGAGUGUGAAGAUGCCAAUAACAACACUCCACUGUCCGAGGCAGCAGGAGGGGGGCAGGCAACAACAAUCAAGCUGCUGAUAGAAAAGGGUGCAGAUCCUAACACGAUUGGCCAGUUCCAACGAACGCCGCUUUAUCGAGCGGCAUUUGGAGGUCAUUUGGCUGCAAUUGAGAUGCUGCUUCAGUAUGGUGCAGAUCCACGGCUGUUUGCCAGUGAUGGUGCAACUCCAGAACAGGUUGCUGCCAAUGAUGAUGUGGCUCAAGUCCUGAGGGAGUGGGACAUCACACAGACAGAGAAACUUGUAGAGAAGAUAGAGGCAGAGAAGCAGAGACGAAAGGAAGAGGAACAGAAGAGGCAUGAGGAAGAGUGUAACAAGUUGGAGGAUGAAGUUGCUACAGCAGAGAAGCAGAAUGAUGCCAAGCAAAAACAGUUGAAGACUGCUUAUGAAGAGCUUGAGAAGCGGAUAUUUGAGCACGAUGAGUGUACCUUCAAGGGGUUCAACACUGACAUCACAUUGCCCGCUGUACAGGAAGCUGAGAGGGAGCUGGAGCUGUUGAAGAUUGAGGCUGAGGAAUCCAGACAGAGGCUGGCUCAGCUCAAGCUCAAGCUCAGAGAGCAAAGAAACCUUGGUGAGGGUGUUGAGGAGGAAUUGUCAGGGAUAAAGGUGACUGUACGGGAGCUGGAUGAUGUUCUUGUCCGAGAUGUUGGGAACAAGAUCAAGGACUCAGGAAAAUGGCCACUUGUGAUUGAUGAGUCAUCACAAGCAAGCACUUUCCUACGGUAUCAAGACACCAACUACAUGAACACCCUCAAUCCAGUCCAUAUGGAACCGGACAGAAUAAGACUGGCUGUACUCGGAGCAAUAAGGUUUGGGAAGCCGGCAGUGCUGGACAUGUUGGAUGUGGACAUGUUUGAGACGGCAGCCAUGAAGUUUGACCAGGUGCAAAGUGGCCUAAUGGAAGCUAUCAUGACAAAGGAAAUAUUGCAAGAGAAUAGGUACAUGUCUCUGGUGAAGGAGUCAGACUCUAAGGAGUACCAGCCGUCCAACUUCCUACAUGCCAAGUCGGAAAGCUUCAGACUCUUCAUCGUGACCAAACUGCGGUACCCCCCACAGGAGCUGCUGGACAGGACGUACCCCAUUCGGAUACACAUCCCUGGGGUGGAUUCUGGCAUUCUCUGACAACAUUCAGUCAUAGAUGUGAGGGACCAUAUGAAGACAUAUCUAGAACGUGAACCAUUUAUUUUUGUAAUUUUUGUACUGAAUGAUUGGACAACUGUGACAGUAAUAAAUCAAAGAAACAGAAUUGCAGAAGAAUCUGAGCCUCAGUGUAUUACACGCAAAUCCAACAGUAUGUACAUCAGAUCAGAAUUUACUAAAAACACAUCAUCCUGAUCUCUUCCAAUUACUGUGACCAUUCUGUGAUGCAAUUUAUUGUGCAGUGUACAUAUUUGUGUGUGUGUGUAUAGAUUCUCUUUGCAUCUGGAUAAUUUUCAUAUUUGUGUGGAUUAGACAUAUGUGAAAAUAUCAGACUUUAUUUGCAUACCUUAUUUUCAGAGUCAGCAUCGGUGGCUUGGUA